UAGAGAUAAAAAAGUUGCUCACUUCCCAAACAGCCUUAGCUUUUCCUAGAUAUGACAGGCCUUUUACCCAGACGGUAGAUUGUAGGGAGGGAUAUAUGACAUCGGUUUUGACUCAAAAACAUGGGGAUAAGAACAAACCCAUUGCAUAUUAUUCAUCUAAAUUAGACCAGGUAGCACAAGCAAUGCCACUAUGUUUACAAUCAGUGGUAGCUGCAGCUCAGGCAGUGCAAGAUUCGGCAUCAAUAGUUUUGUACCACGAUUUAACACUAAAGGUUCCGCAUGCAGUAUCCAUACUGUUGUUGGAGCAUAAAAUGGCCUAUAUGUCACCUGCUAGACAUUUAUCUUGUAUGAUAAUCCUGUUAAAUAUGCCUAAUUUGACCAUUGAACGGUGUACAACUCUAAACCCCUCUACUCUAGUUCCUAUUGCGACAGAUGGCAGCCCACAUGAUUGUAUAACUGAAACUGAGAAACUUGUGUUGCCAAGACCUGACUUAAAAGACCUAGCCUUAGUGGAUGGGGAAGUGACUAUGUUUGUUGAUGGUUCAUCUAGAAAAAACCCUGAUGGUACGAAUGCUACAGGAUAUGCAGUUGUAACAGAGACUGACGUCUUGGAAGCUGAAUCAUUACCUAGAAAUUAUUCUGCACAACAGGCAGAGAUAGUGGCUCUCACUCGGGCAUGUCAUUUGGGUAAAGGGAAAAAGGUUACUAUUUACACCGAUAGUGCCUAUGCAUUUAAUACAGUACACGUAUUUGCUGCACAAUGGAGAAACAGGGGAAUGGUAACCACUUCUGGCAAAACCAUUACACAUGCCCAGUUAAUUUUGAAUCUUUUAGAUGCUGUACUCCUACCAGAGAAGUUAGCUAUAUGUAAAUGUGAUGCUCACACUAAAGGUGUAGAUAGCAUAAGCAACGGCAACAGAAAGGCAGAUGAGGAAGCGAAAAAGGCAGGUGUCAAACCACAAUCACCCACAUACUUACAUCUAAAAGAGGAGGUAGACAUUGAUAAAGCAUUACUGAUAGACAGCCAGUUAAGAGCACCGAUGAAGGAAGUGAGUAGAUGGGAGAAAAUGGGAGCAGUCAAGAAGGGGGAAAUGUGGCAUCAAGAUUCUGUGUCCCACAGGAGAACUAAAGGAGAGGGUAACCCACUCUAUCCAACCCGGAGACUGGGUGUGGAUACAAUCCCUAAAGAAGAAAGACUGGAAGCAGCCCCGUUGGGAAGGCCCCUACCAGGUUCUAUUGGUCACCGCCUUUGCCAUUAGAAUAGCAGAGAGAGGAACCUGGGUCCAUGUUACCCACUGCAAGAAGGUAGGACCACAUACAAGCACCGCUUAGCACACGCAGAGUUGACGAGCGGAACUGCGCCACAGGGUGCGGGGGUCACCUCUGUCAACGAAGAUCUCCUACCCAGACCUAUCAUCACUGUAGUGUGUUCCUAGGGUGUGAGUAUGGGG